AUGUGCGUUGGUGAUUUUAGCCAGUUGCUCAAACCCCACACUUCUGCCACAACCACCGGAAUCGUCUACGCACAACAGCACGGUAAGUCCUACCUCAUGCAACUUGACAUGGCCCGAAGUCCCCAACAUCUAGACCGAAGACUAGCCAAAGUAUCUUUGACAUAUUCGGCCUUGACAUUUAAGCAUUUUUACUGCUUUUGCCUCAGAAUAAAUUAA